AAGUAAAAAGCUUUCAGGAGACACACGGCAAACCUACUGUUGUGCAUCAGGUAUGCGUGUGCAAUAUUUAUUUACUGUCAUCAAUAUUUAGGGACGCAACUCGAGUGGACAAUUAACAACGGAAGACGCCACGCAAGGAAAGUUGCCACUCGUGUCCGAGGACUGAGUGUGUGUGUGUGCAGAAUCCGCAGGCACUUUUUGCAGUUUUUGCACCCCCAGUUUCGGAGCAUGCGAGCGUCGGGCUGGAUGCGCGCUGCUCUCGCGGUGGAGGUGGGGUGGCCGCGCGGGUGGGGGCGCGCGGGGCAGCCAACUUGCGCCAACAACAUCAACAACUAUUGAGCGCUCGAAAGAAAGGAGCGAGCGAUCCGCAAAAGCCAUGGCGGCCAUCCGCAGGAAACUGGGCGAGGACUACCAGGUGGUGAACACCAGCCGGGGCGCGACUUUCUGCGCGCCGGCCAAGAGGAAACGCCAGCGCUUCGUGGAGAAAAACGGCCGCUGCAACGUGCAGCACGGCAACCUGGGCGGCGAGACCAGCCGCUACAUCUCGGACCUGUUCACCACGCUGGUGGACCUCAAGUGGCGCUGGAACCUGCUCAUCUUCAUCCUCACCUACACGGUGGCCUGGCUGGUGAUGGCGUCCAUGUGGUGGCUCAUCGCCUACGUCCGCGGCGACCUGAGCCGCGGCGGCCACGACGAGUCCUACACGCCGUGCGUGGCCAACGUGUACAACUUCCCGUCCGCCUUCCUCUUCUUCAUCGAGACCGAGGCCACCAUCGGCUACGGCACCCGCUACAUCACCGAGAAGUGCCCCGAGGGCAUCAUCCUCUUCCUUUUCCAGUCGCUGCUGGGCUCCAUCGUGGACGCCUUCCUGAUCGGCUGCAUGUUCAUCAAGAUGUCGCAGCCCAAGAAGCGCGCCGAGACGCUCAUGUUCAGCCAGGACGCCGUCGUCUCGCAGCGGGACGGCCGGCUGUGCCUCAUGUUCAGGGUGGGCAACCUGAGGAACAGCCACAUGGUCUCCGCGCAGAUCAGGUGCAAGCUUAUCAAGUCUCGUCAGACCCCCGAGGGCGAGUUCCUGCCUCUGGAUCAGUGCGAGCUGGACGUGGGCUUCGGCACGGGCGCCGACCAGCUCUUCCUGGUGUCGCCGCUCACCAUCUGCCACGAGAUCAACAGCAAGAGCCCGUUCUUCGACCUUUCCCAACGCUCGCUCGUGAACGAGCAGUUUGAGAUCGUCGUCAUCCUCGAGGGCAUCGUGGAGACAACUGGUAUGACGUGUCAGGCUCGGACGUCUUACACGGAAGACGAAGUCUUGUGGGGACAUCGGUUCUUGCCCGUCAUGUCCCUGGAGGAGGGCUUCUUCAGGGUGGACUACUCUCAGUUUCACAACACCUUCGAGGUGCCCACGCCUCCUUACAGCGUCAAAGAGCAAGAGGAGAAGUCAUCGCUGACGUCGCCCAACCCUCUCCCGGCGGCCCCGGUUCCCUCCUCCCCGCCGGUGGGCAACGGCGGCCGAGGGUGCCGCAGGGCAAGGCUCCUCUCGGCCGACAACGUGGAGCCUGCAGAGAGCCAGGCCGCGAGGCUGCCCAGCAAACUGCAGCGCAUGAGCUCCACCCGAGAGGAGCAACUGUGGAGGGGGAUGAAGACGGCAGUGCCCCUGCCCGGCGGGAAGGCCUCCAGCACGGGUGACCUGCCGCUGAGCAUCCAGAGGAUCAGGUCCGGCUCCAUCCCCGCCGCCCGCCACGGAGGCCGCCCAGAGGAGCGGGUCCAGCUCUUGUCCUUGGACGGGGACGCCGAGGAGGCCGAGCUGGAGAGGCACAGAGCGCCGGCGGCCAUUAACACCAUCACUGCCGCGACUGCCGGCGCGCGGCCGGAGGACAACUUGCCCCCCAAAUUGCGCAGAAUGAACGCGGACCGUUAG